AUGGGUUGUUCAGCAAGUACACAAAUCAUCGAAGAUGAAAAUGAUCCGUUCUUACAAAAUCAAAGAGUCAAUGAUGUCAUUGAGCAAUCAUUACAAAUGGAAAAGCAACGAGAUAAAAAUGAAAUAAAGUUAUUACUAUUAGGUGCAGGUGAAUCUGGUAAAUCAACCGUUUUGAAACAAUUGAAAUUGUUACAUCAAGGUGGAUUCACAAAUCAAGAAAGAUUACAAUAUAGUCAAGUCAUUUGGGCUGAUGCCAUUCAAUCAAUGAAAAUAUUAAUUAUUCAAGCAAGAAAAUUGGGGAUCCCAUUGAAUUGUGAUGACUCUAAGAGUGAAUUGUUUCAGUUGAAAAGGAUAUUGAUGAGAGUAAAGGCUUUGGAUUUCAUUGAUGCUGGUACUGCCGGAGGUUCUGACUUCUUGAAUGACUACGUGUUGAAAUAUUCUGAAAGGUAUGAAAUGAAAAGACGUGUUCAAAGUACAGGACAAGCUAAGGCAUUUGAUGAAGAAGGUAUUGAACAAAGAAGGAAGCAAAUGUCCAAUUCAUCCUCUAAUCCUAAUGACCUUGAUAUCGAAGAAGAAGAGGAAGAAGAAUUGACAGAAGAUAAUGCCAACGUUGACGGUAAUAAUAACCUUGAUUUCCAAGAAAUAUCCAAAAAUUUGAAUGAAAGUGGGAAUGAUACAAUGUUUAUCAAGAAAGAUUCAAAACAUGUACAGCAACAAAACCAAAAAUCAACAAGGGUACCUUCAGUUACAAGAAUCACUAAAAAGCAAAUCGCACAUGCUAUCAAAGAACUUUGGACCAAAGAUAAAGGUAUCAAACAAUGUUUUGCCAGAGCCAAUGAAUUCCAAUUGGAAGGAUCAGCAGCAUAUUACUUUGAUAAUAUUGAAAAAUUUGCUCAAUCAAAUUAUGUUUGUUCAGAUGAAGAUAUCUUAAAAGGUCGUAUAAAGACAACAGGUAUUACAGAAACAGAAUUUCAUAUUGGAUCUUCUAAAUUUAAAGUGUUAGAUGCAGGUGGACAAAGAUCUGAAAGAAAGAAAUGGAUUCAUUCAUUCCAAGGAAUAACUGCGGUACUAUUUGUUCUUGCCAUGAGUGAGUACGAUCAAAUGUUAUUCGAAGACGAACGUGUUAAUAGAAUGCAUGAAUCUAUUAUGUUAUUUGAUACAUUAUUGAACUCUAAAUGGUUCCGUGAUACUCCAUUCAUUUUAUUCUUGAAUAAGAUUGAUAUAUUUGAUGAAAAAGUUAAAAAGAUGCCCAUAAGAAAAUAUUUCCCAGAUUAUCAAGGACGUGUCGGUGAUAGUGAAGCUGGUAUAAAAUAUUUUGAAAAGAUCUUUUUGAGUCUUAAUAGAUCGAACAAACCAAUAUAUGUUAAGAGGACAUGUGCUACUGAUCCACAAACCAUGAAAUUUGUAUUGAGUGCAGUGACAGAUUUAAUAAUUCAACAAAAUUUGAAGAAAAGUGGUAUUAUUUAA